AUGUCUGGAAAGCUCCCAAACUUGAAAGCCAAAUCUGUAGUUCAUUACCAUAGCAGCGAUGACGACGAUAACGAUGAUGAUGAGAAAGAAGAAUCAGGAACCGAUUUAGGUUUAGGGUUUUCGUUGGAGAAGCUAAACCUAGGUCCGAGAAAGAAACUCCUCGUUCUUGGUCUGGGUGGGGUCCUGGUGCACCGCCUGCACCGGCGCGAUCAAAAGACUAACGCUGAAUACUAUCGUCGUCCCGAUGGGAUUGCUGGAAGUUUUCAAGUGUUCAAUAGGCCUUUCUGCAAUGAGUUUCUGAAAUUCUGUUUCGAAAGAUUCGACGUGGGAAUAUGGUCUUCUGCAAGGGAAAGGAGCAUAGACACUAUUUUGAGCACUAUAAAAACAGGGCUCAAAGACAAGCUGCUAUUUGUAUGGGACAAAGAGAGGUGCACUGAUUCAGGGUUCAAGAGCUUGGAGAGGAAAGACAAACCCAUAUUCCUAAAGGAGCUGAAGAAACUGUGGGAGGACCCCGCUCUGCCAUGGCGUCGCGGGCAAUACUCUUCAUCGAACACAUUGUUGAUUGAUGAUGCUCCCUACAAGGCCCUGCUCAAUCCUCCUAACACAGCAAUUUUCCCUGAGUCAUACAAAUUUGACAUGGAAAACGAUGCGGUUUUAGGUUCGAACGGGGAGUUGCGGCUGUUCCUCGAUGGCCUAGCUGAAGCUGCUGAUGUUCCUUCCUAUGUAAAAGAGCACCCAAUCGGACAGGCAACAAUAACCGAGUCUGAUCCUAAUUGGGAUUACUAUUCGAAGAUUGUUCGUCGUUUCGUUAGGAGGUGGUGAUGAAAAGAAGACAUGCUUAGUUUUUUUAUUUAUUUAUUAAGGGAGGUUUUUAUGUUUACUGGUUUUGUUUUUAUGAAUUUGGAUACACUACACAUGCUUUCUGUAGUGCCCUGAACUGGGAGAAGGCCACAGUAGCUUUAUGUUGUGUCUCAGAAGUGACUAUUAGAUGUUCCAAGUACUAAUGUACUAUAUGCAUGUUUUGAGAGAAA